AUGAACUGUCUCAAAACCCGUGGCGUCUGCGAUGGAUAUGUCGUCAAACCACGAAAAACGAGGGGAAAACCAGCUCAAGAAGCGCAACGUUUGAACCCGGUGCCAACAUGUCGCAACAGCUCACGUACACUCCCAAGAGAACCUGACAUGAACACCCUGGACUUCGCCGACGACAUGCAGAGCGUCUAUUUUAACGACUGGAACGAGCUCGUCCGCGUAUCUCUUGGCGGCGCAUCCUAUUCGCGGACGAAGCUCUGGACGACUAUGAUGCCUCAGCUCAGCCGUCAGAACCCGGCGUUACGACACGCAGCAAUCAGCAUCGGCGCCAUGAGCAGAGCACUCGCACAAGGAAGCUACGUCAUCGUAAGGAACUUCACAAACGUCGCAAGCCUGCUACAGAGUCAGCAUUACCAGAGCGCUAUUGUGCACUAUUGUCAAGCCCUUCGUCUCCAAGCUCAGACCGACUUUCAAACUGCAAGCAUCCAAGAAGCCGUGCUGCUAUCCAUCUUAUUUGUUGCCUUUGAGGCGCUGCGCGGUAACAGGCACUCUGCGCUACAGCAUGUCAAGUACGGCUUCGUGUUGUUGCAAGAACUCCUGACUUGUGCAGAUUCAGAUGCUCGCGUCUGGAACCUCGCACCCGACCCAAGAGAGCUCAUCACCGAGGUCUUGGAUCUAUACAACCACUUGGACCAGCAAUGCAAGUCCAUCGUUAGCGCAGAUGUUAAGACGAGCCGAUCGCCGGCUUAUGAGCUCAUCAGAGGUCUCAAGGCCCGUGGCCACACCAUUGAGACGUAUAGCAUGCAAAUUACGCGGUACACAGACCCCGGUGAAGACAGGAGAACUAUGCCAGAGGUGUUCUACGAUGCGGAUGAAGCGUAUGCCUGGUGGCAGGUGUGCCAACGGCGGAUUGCGAAACUCAGUACACUGCUGCUGACAGUUAUUGACGACUUCAAGAUUGAAGACGUCACUGACGAGGAGGGUGUACACAACUUGCUCAAUAUGAUGCAGACCCAUCCGGAGCUCUUGGCGUUCUCUGAAAAGUCUCUGAAGAACCUUCAACAAUGGCGAGCAUCCUUCGAGCCUCUUUACAACAAGACGUUAUCCGACCCCUCCAUCGACCGCAGGGAGCAUGUCAAGAUGUUACAUCUGCGGAUGCACUACCUGAUCAUGUUCCUUUACCACUUCUUCCCCAAAUACUCCGACGAGGCGACCGUUUCAAGUCUGACGCCGCACUGUCGGGAGAUCAACGACGUCAUUGAAAUCCUGCUGGAGGAGCAGGAAAAGGACGUCAAGACGCCGGCGAACCUAUUCGCCAUGGAGUUCGGCUUGGCAUGGCAGUUGACCAUUGUCGCCAUGACCUGUCGCGACCCACUCGUGAGGGAGAACGCCAUGCGCAUUCUGGAAAAGUAUCCUCGCAGAGACGGGCUGUGGGAUAGCCAAGGAUUCUUGGCAGUCCUGAAGAAGAACCGCGAGAUAGAGAAGUAUAACGCGAAGGAGGGCACGCCGUCGGAGCAGUGGAAGCGGCUGUGCAGGCGCGAGUUCAUUUUCGAGGAUGCUGGGGAGACCAUCAUCUUUCGGUCGCUUAGGAAAAACGAUGCCACGGGCGAAUGGGAUCUGGUGGAGGAGAAGGCGGAUUUCAGAGGCGAUCUUGAGGGUUUAGUCUGGCAAGAGAGACCACUGAGCGCGCCUGGGCUCCUCAGAUCAGGCGCGAUAUAG